UCGGUGAGUGAUGAUAGGCGAUAGCGGGCCGACUGUCUCACCGAGUUAAACAUUUAACCUCGUGUUCAGAACUGAGCGAGUACUGCUGUACUGCAAUUUACUAUUUUUACAGUAUUUUUUUAUACGGUACGACACUGUGGACCACAGUUGUGUUUUAAAUAAUCUUAUAAAUAUUAAACAUCAAACACGAUCGACGACUAUAAAUAUAUUGGACAUUUUCGACUUAAGUUUAUAAUUAUUUUUAUUAAUUACAUCUUCGUGGAUGAUCUAAUCGCUCAAUCACAAAUUCCCGCUCUCUUCCAACGUGGGCAUUUAUAAUUAAGUACCUAUCAAGCGACGGUUGUUUUCCGCGAGAUUAUCACGUACUAGUUUUGAAAUCUCCAUUCAUCGUUUUUGUAACCAUCCAUAACAGCGAUGAGUACCUCUAAUGUGAAAGUAGAAUUGCCGGCUGAAACUAAAACCAUUGAGAUCGAAAAGGAUACCGAGGUUUCUCCAGUAGUGGACGUAAAAGUAGAAUUGCCAGCUGAAUCCAAAACCGAAAAUGAGACAGUGGUUCCUGCUGUAGCCAACAUACCUGCAAAACUCGAGCAGAACAUUGUUAAACAACUAGGAUUUUACUUCAGUGACACCAAUCUACCUUAUGACAAGUUCCUACAAAAUGAGAUUAAAAAUGAUGAUGGUUGGGUGAAAAUCGAUGUUCUGUUGACAUUUAAAAGAUUAGCAUCUCUGUCCAAAGACCCAGCAGUGAUUGCACAGGCUGUCAAAAAUGCCACUGACAGCAUUGUGGAAGUAUCAGACUCCGGUGAUAAAAUCAGGCGCAAGGUAGACAGUGCUGUACCAGUAGCCGAUCAAGAGUUCUUAAAUGAAAUGAUUGCGCGGUCUAUUUACUGUAAAGGCUUUCCUAAAACAGCUACAAUGGAUGAAUUGCUGGAGUUCGCUUCCACUUUUGGUGAUAAGAUUAUUACAAAAGUAACACCUCGAAGACUCAAAACUAAAGAGUUUAAAGGUACCCUUUACUUUACAUUCAGUACCAAAGAAGAAGCUGAGAAGUUUUUGAAACUAGAAUCUGUUAAAUACAAAGAUGUUGAACUGGAACGCAAAUGGGAAAAAGAUUUUCUUGAAGAGAAGAAAAAAGAAUAUGAAGAUAAACUUGCCAAAAAAGAUCAGAAAAUUAAAGCAGAGACAGAGAAAUAUUUUAAAAAAGGAUUUUUACUUAAAGUUGAUAAUGUGGACGAAAAUGUUACAGUCGAAAGUAUCAAAACUAUUUGCUCAGGAUUUGAAUGGCAAGUAGCAUUUGUGAAAAUAGUCGAAAAUGAAAAAUUAGCUUGGAUUCGAUUGAAGCCCGUGAAAGCUGCCAAAGAUUUAUUAGAGGAGGUCGCAGAUAAAGUGAAUGAUCUGAAUAUUAAGUUCUCAUUGCCAGAUGAGGAGGUUGAACAAACUGUGUUGAAUGAAAUGACUAAGGAAAUGAAAGGUUUUCUCAACAUGAAAGAUAAAAUGAAAAGGGAAAAGAAGAGGAAUAAAGGAGGGAAAAGGUAUAACAAGCGUAAAAAUGACGAUGGCAAUUCUAAUAACAAACGAUUUAAAACCAACGGAAAUUAAUUUAGUUAUUUAUUAUGUAUAUUUUUUUUUUUUAUACAAUAAGGACCUAAACAUGUUUAUCUUUACUAACUAAAAUUAAAGAUAACCUAUUAUAAUAUUAUCAAAA